ACGUGAAGAACAGUGUUUUCUUGCACAUAAAAGUGAUACGCCUAUGAAAUACCUAAAAUAAUAUACCAAAAUUUGAUCAUCAACUAAUAAUCAAAUUGUAUAAUCUCGGAAGGCCUGCCGAAGUAUAUAUUUUUUCUUUUUAUUAAACAUCAACGAAGAAUCACAACAACAAACAUGAAGGACUUCUACAAACAUAUGAAGUACAAACACGGCGAACACACAUGCAUGACACUGAAACGCUACAGUAAACUAAAACAGAAGUUAACCAAACAGAUGGCGCAACUUAUGUUCUUAUUAGAAUGCAGGAAAUAUAACCUACUGCCAAAUCACUUGACAAAUGCAAUCAAGAAGGUUAAUAUAAACACCACAUCCCACAAACUAAAAGCACAAACCGUAAAAACAAAACAACUUUUUUAAAGAAAAUACUCAAUAUAGAAAUUGCACAAACAAACAUGAAUAUUAAGACUUCUAAGACCCAUCUACAUCACGCGCAACAACAACUUAAACACAGCAUAAGCAAAAUAGAACUGGAUUCCUUUAUCUGCAAGCAAGACUGCCUCAACCAGAGAAUUAAAAAAGAACGCGAAACAAUACAAACAUCUAAGCUCGAGAGACUAAAAUACCAACAAAUGCAGAAGCUGGGAAUAGAUUUAAACAACAAUUGGUUUGUAAACAAAACGGACUUAGAUUUCCCAGUAGAAACAAGCUGGCUGCUGUCAUUAGGCAGGAAAUUCACACUACCCACAACGAAGACUAGUUUCCAACCGAUCCGAAUGAUUGCAGAAAUUGAACAAAUCAUACCACAAGAAAAGGAUGACAGAGUCAAUGAAAUUGCAAGAUGCAAACUCAGCAAUAAUAUAAUACAAUUAAAACGGAAUAUAAGGCACAACUCAGCAGAAAAAUUUAUAUUAGAAACAUUCAGUAAGACCAAAACUUUCUUAAAGUCGCACAAAGACGAUAUUAUCUUAACAGACGCAGAUAAGGGAAACAAAACAGUGGUAAUGUACAAAGAGGACUACACAGAAAAGAUGAACAAACUACUACUUGAUGACAAAAUCACGUAUAAAAUAGUAAGAAACGAUCCAACAAAUGCGCUACAGAGGAAGAACAACACCCUGGUUGACGAAUUGUACAAAAGCAAAAUUAUUGACUACAGAGGUAAACAACAACUCGUAUGCACAGCAGCAUUGCACCACGACUCUACGGAUCACCAAAGAUCCACAAACCUGACUUGCCGUUAAGGCCAAUUUGUUCGUCCAUCAAUGUUCCGUGUUAUGGUUUGUCCAAAUAUGUAGAUUAAAAGAUAAACUGGAUAAAGUAAAAGUAAGUGAGGAAGAAUUGCUGGUGUCUUUUGAUGUGGUAUCGUUGUUUACCAACAUUCCGAUACCCUUAGCCAUUAAUAUCAU